UAUUUUUUCUGUACAUUGACCAACUAAUAUAAUGGAUGAAGUCUCACGUUCUCACCCACCGCAUCUACUGUCAAGAGAUCUUCAUCUCUAUCACCAUCAAAACGCUGGACUUAAACGCAACCGAGAAGAAGACCAAGUUGACCCCAAGAACGACCACUCUAACUCCUCCGCCAGAGACCAAGCCACGACUCCCUCGGGAGAAGAGAAUACCAAGAUAAGAAGGCCACGUGGAAGACCCGCUGGUUCCAAGAACAAACCCAAAGCACCGAUCAUAGUCACGCGAGACGCCGCAAACUCCCUUCGAUGCCACGUCAUGGAGAUAACCAACGGCUGUGAUGUGAUGGAAAGCUUAGCCGUCUUCGCUAGACGCCGUCAGCGGGGCGUUUCCGUCUUAACCGGAAACGGCGCCGUUACAAACGUCAACGUUAGACAGCCUGGUGGAGGCGUCGUAAGUUUACACGGACGGUUGGAGAUUAUUUCUCUCUCGGGCUCGUUUCUUCCUCCACCAGCUGCUCCACCGGCUGCGUCUGGUCUAACGGUUUACUUAGCCGGUGGUCAAGGCCAAGUGGUCGGAGGCAAUGUGGUGGGACCGCUUAUGACUUCAGGUCCGGUAGUGAUUAUGGCAGCUUCAUUUGGAAACGCAGCUUACGAGAGGCUGCCAUUAGAGGAGGAGGAGAUGGAACCUCAAAGAGAAAUAGAUGGAAACGCGGAUAGGGCGGUUGGAACGCAAACGCAGAAGCAAUUAAUAGGGUCGCCGUCGAAUUUAAUCAACUCUGUUUCGUUGCCAGGUGAAGCUUAUUGGGGAACUCAACGACCCUGUUUGUAA